GCGCCGCUCAUUCCUCAAUCCGACUUCUCAACGUGAACGUCUGUUAUCUAAAGAGGACUAGUAAACCGAGUGUGUGUGUGAAAGAUCAAGUGUUUCUUUUUAAUAAUAAAUAAUGGCUGACAGUGGUACCAAGCGUAACAUUCCCAUCAAACUCGGUGACUUCAGCGUCAUUGACAGCGAAUUCUCAAACAUACGUGAGCGUUUUGACGCCGAAAUGAGAAAAAUGGAGGACGAAAUGGCUAGGUUCAGGAGCGAACUUAUGAAUCGGGAGAGCAACAAUUUCUUCAAAACAACAACUAGCCGGCAUCACACGAGCACCAGUGAACAUCGAACCUCGACGACCUCGAGGACUGAGGGUUGGGACAAGGUUGAUCCUGCGAUGCCAUCAAAGCGUUCCGCCUUCGACAAGACUUUCACCAGCACAACGACACACAAUACCCAGAACAGUUCAUUGAGUCCUCAGCAGGAUUCUCGCACUUGGUUGGAUGGACUCAACAGUCCUUUGAUUCAGGAUGAGGGAGACAACAAAACUCUUAAACUACGAUUUGACGUAUCUCAGUACACACCGGAGGAAAUCGUCGUCAAGACUGUGGACAAUAAACUAUUGGUUCACGCCAAACAUGAGGAGAAAACAGAGAGCAAAUCCGUGUACAGGGAGUACAAUCGUGAAUUCCUGUUGCCAAAGGGAACAAAUCCGGAGACAAUUAAAUCAUCACUCAGCAAAGAUGGUGUACUGACUGUCGAAGCUCCACUUCCAGCACUGGGAUACGGUGAAAAACUCAUCCCAAUUGCCCACCAAUAAAUUAUGGCGAUUUAAUUACUCACAUUGCCCCACAUUAAAAUACCCCCUCCUAUUUCCAGUCUUCUAUUUUCCCAGGUCCAAUCUUCCGUACUCAUUGCCUCCCAGUUAUCCACAAAUACUUUUGGAAAAUGUAUUAUCGCCAACAAGAGCCUCGUCGCUGUUGUUUAUGGAUGUUUGCUAUUGCGCUCUUAUGUUUUUAAUAAACGGAAAUUUAUAAAAGUUCGAAUUGAUAAUCCACACCGGAUUUACAGCAGUUCCAAUCGAUCUGGAUAUUUUACAGUUGGACUUGAUAAGGUGCAUGAAUUUUUUUAUCUGAAUCAAUAUUUUCUAUUUUUCAAUACACGAAACCACUGCUUUUGCAAGGUUUAUUACUUGAAAGUUUGUAAUAUGGAUAAUUCAGUGAUAAUUAUCACGAAUUUUCUAGACAAUAGCACAAAUUGCAAUCAGUAAUUUUUGAUAUUCAACGGAAUAUUGGAAAACUCAAAGUCCAACGGUCUAAAAUUCUAUUGAAAGUAAUACUGGAAAAACUGGCACACAAAAUUUAUAUUUGUAACUUAUAUUCGCGAUUAGCAUAGAAUGUACUUUCAAAAGACUAAAAACCCACACGAUGCCUAGUGUAUUUAAGCAUUAUAAUAUUAUUGAUAUUAUUUAUGGAUAUUGGAACAUUUUCAAUGCAUAAUGUUUUAAAAUUAUUGGUGGAGUCGAGGAGAAAUUGAAUAAAGGUAUAAAAUUUGAAAAUA